AUGGAACAAGGAAAUGACCAUAGACUAUAUGUGUCUAUAGAGGAUUUAGGUUUCAAUGGUGAAAAUUGCAACAAUAGAGGAAAAUUGAGAAAGAUUAACCACUAUGAUGAUGAUACACAUGUGUACACAUCAAAGAACCUUGAAACAGAAAGAAAAAGGAGGGAGAAACUCAGUAGCAGACUUUUGAUGCUUCGUUCUUUAGUACCAAACAUCACAAAUAUGAACAAAGCUAGCAUUAUUGAAGAUGCUAUCACUUAUAUACAAAAAUUGCAAAAUGAAGUUAAGAAUCUCACGGAAGAGCUUCAUGAUAUGGGAGGAACAAAAGAGAAAAAAUCUGAGCUAAAAAUAAGUGAUUCCGCUGCUGAAGAGAUGAAAAAUUGGGGCAUACAGGAAGAGAUUGAGGUGGCAAAGGUUGAUAAGAAUAAAAUAUGGGUUAAGAUGAUACUUGUGAACAAGAGAGGAAGGUUAUUGAAACUAAUUCAAGAUUUGAAUGAUUCAAGGAUUGAAAUGAUUGACAUUAGUGUUACAACUAUAGAAGGGGCAUAUCUUGUUACAGCAACAUUACAGGGCUUAGAUGGUGAACCACUUGAAGAAUAUCACAUUCCAACUCUUAUUAAGUUAGAUUAG